CGAUUGGAGCACUGGCACAGUAAAGCUUGCAAAUGUGAUUGUCAAGGAAGUGCCAAUUCAGUAUGGGCCACCGGAACCAACAGCUUAGUGUGCAUGCCAGAGUGUCCCUAUCAUAAACCCCUUGGGUUUGAGUCAGGAGCGCUUCCUUCCGACCAGAUAAGCUGCUCCAAUUCAGAGCAGUACACCGGAUGGUAUACUUCAUGGACUGCAAACAAGGCCCGACUUAAUGGCCAGGGUUUUGGGUGUGCGUGGCUCUCCAAAUUUCAAGACAAUGGGCAGUGGCUGCAGAUUGACAUGAAAGAGGUCAAAGUUAUCUCCGGGAUACUCACACAGGGGCGCUGUGAUGCAGAUGAGUGGAUGACAAAAUACAGCGUGCAGUACAGGACUGAUGAGAAUCUGAAUUGGAUUUACUACAAGGACCAGACAGGAAACAACAGGGUUUUCUAUGGAAACUCAGACAGAUCAUCCAUUGUCCAGAAUCUCCUGCGCCCGCCGAUUGUUUCCCGCUACAUCCGAUUAAUACCGCUAGGCUGGCAUGUACGCAUUGCCAUCAGGAUGGAGCUGCUGGAGUGCAUGAGUAAAUGUGCUUAAAGUCCAACCAUGCGUGGUUUUCAAAGGGGUGCGAGGAGAGUCCCUAGCAAAAUGUAGAAAGACAAUAAACACAAUGAUGAGGGUAGCAAAGAUGGGCUGGAUUUUGCCAUAACAACUCGCAGCCUGCACAAUAGGGCUGCCCAAGGAUGGAAGUCAGAACAGAAUCUGGCCCCAGUUAGUUUUGUUGAAACUGAUCUCAGGAGCUGAGCUGUGUGGAGAGCCCCAGUUUUGUGUCUUGAAAUUGUCACAGUGAAAACACAGGUUUGGGGCAAUUUCAUCUGCUCUCAGCAGAGCAGGAAAUUGUUGAACCUGCUGCCCUCAUUCCAGAGGCCAGAACAAAACAUUUACCAAAAAAUCUCCCCCCUCAAGACCAAUAUUUUUUCACAAGGGCUGCAGUGUGUCCUCACUUUCCACUGAUGCCAAUGGGACUUGCAUCUGGGAACUAAAGUCCAGCAAAGACUUAAUUAGAUUUUUAAAAAACCUUUGCAUAUGAUUUCACACAGCUCCAGUUUCUGGUUAUAAUAUAGUUUAGUUGCUUAUCUCCUCUUGCGUAACAUUAAAAGAAAUUGUACUCUAUGUUUACUAAAAAUGGGUUAGAGGUUUAAAGUGUAUUCAGUAAGAGUUUAGAGGGUUGCUUAAAAUUAUAUUUGGUGAACUGUAAAUGUGAUUUGAACAUUUAGGUGUUUAUGAGAAAAUAAUGAAAGCAAGCUCUUCAUUAUAUAUGUGUAUUGCUCCCACAAAUAUAUAUACAGUGUAAAUGCUCAUCCUGUAAAUUAAAGGGCUUUCUGGAAUUGAAAAGGAUUUUAACAGCACAUAAAAUAAUAAAGCCAAAGUUUAUUAUAGAAGUUUCUUGAUUUUUGAGGGAGAAACAUUAGCAAAAUAAGGAAAAUUGGCUAUACCAUUUUUAUCAUGCUAGUGAUUUAUUGUUUUUCAGCCUAGAUGGAUGGCUUCUUUCAUUGUUGCCUAUUCUUAAUUUAUCGUACAGGACUUGCUAGAGUAGAUCAGACUAUAAUUCUUUCAGGUCCAGGAUCUUGCC